AUGGCGGGUGGACUAAGUUGUUUCCCUUGCCUAGCUCCGACAAAGAAGGGUGUUUUUCCAUCUUUUAAUAUCAUCCAUCGAUUGCACAUGAGACAGAUGAGAGGUAAUUUGCGUCCCACAGCCCGCACUUACCCGAUUUGUCGCUCGCUAUUCGGUAAAAUUCCUGGACGGCUUGGUAUCCCACUCAAGAAUAUUGUGGACACCGCAUCCCUGCUUGAAGAAGGCCAUGUCUUUCUGGGUUUCAGCAAAGAUGGUCAGUUUGUCCUCUCCUACACCCUCAAUGUUGAUGCUGACGACCCCACCUCAUUCCCAGCCUACAUCUAUCAGCUCUACUGGUGGAGAUUCAGGGACAACAAACCAAUGUUAAAGGUAUCGGAAGUACGACUGUUUAGUGAAGAGGAGAUCCAGCAAGACUUGUACAUUGCGCUUUGUAGCUGGCCUACAGAUAGCUCCAAGGUCCUAGUGUAUGGAUGUUGUAUGUCUUCCAAGCCACGAGCUGAAGAGAAGUUAAUGUGCUAUGUAACCAUCACUGCUGUGCCUUCAUUAACACCAUGCCCAAAGUGCCUUCAUCUCAAAUACAGUACUGACUGUGAAAAUAUGAAUUAUGCAGAACCUAUUGCAUCUUGGGCACCUCCAGAACUUGCGGAUGAAUUAUCAGGAGCAACAGGGGCUGCAGCUCCGCCCUGCUGCCUCCAACACAGCUUCGCUGUCCACACCAAAUAUGAACUCUCACCCCCGUUCCCAUCCUUCUCACCUAAGCACAGCUUGGCUAGAGAUGGCCUGCUGGUGUUAAACACUGGAGACUCCAUCAUAGCUCUGGCUGUCAAUGUCGGGGACACCGACCGGCCAUCAGGAAGUCUUUACUCCCCUCUUCUGACUCCAUCUCGGGGGUCUAGUACCCAGCGGUCAAGCUUAUAUAAUGUUAGUAUUCAGCAUCAUGGAGGGAACACUGACGUAACACCAGGGGGACCUGAAGACAGUGCAGCCUACCCUCAUCAGAUCGAUCGACACAGUAGAGCACUCGCUGCUAUGGAUUUGGACAGCUACCAACUCUGUGAUGAAUGGGAUUAUCCGGAAAGUUCCCCAGCGAUGUUUCUGCCAGACUCGGAUCAGACGGACGAUGAGGUUGAAAACGAGGAGGAUCGUGCUCAAAUACAAGUCCCGAGCUCACCCUCCUUCUUGUGCAAUAUAAAGAGUCACUUAGUCAGAAAGACAGACGGUGAUUGCUUACUCCAGACUACCUCCGCACAAACUAGUGUUGCAAGUCCUCCAUGGUGUACACCAGAGCAUGUUGGUUUAUCCUCUACAGAUCCGACCUUCUCAGCAGCUUUGCCUGAGAUACAAGUUACUCCUCAAUCCCCGUCUAGCAGUGGGGAUAAAAUAGCAGGUGCCACUAUACCACCAGGUAGAAACUCACCUUCAGAUGGCACUCCUGGUAAUAGUACUUUGGAGACUGCUGACGACUGGUCUCACUGCAGACGUCUCAGAGGUAAAAGUCAAUUUAGGAAUCCCAACCAAUGCAAUCAGAAUGAAAGCUCACCUGGGUCUGUUGGACAUGAGCACUGCCACACUGGAGGAAAUUAUGCACAGAAGACAAACAGCACUAGUGGCGAUAAGAAUGCAACCACAAACAAUUGCCUGGUUGGACCUUACAUGAGUUGGAACAGUCCACUUCGGUGUGGGGGGUACACCAUAUCAGACAGGGGAAGCAUGUGCGGGGACGACGGAGAUCUGGGGAGCGAAAUCGAACAGCAUUGCCCUUAUCAUUAUCGACCAAGAGAGGGCAGUAGACACGGGAGCCAGCGGACAAUGCAGGAGUGUACAUGUAGGCUACAAGGGUUUACGUAUUCAGUGCGAAGAUAUAUAGAGAGGACGUCAUACCAUGAUUACCUGCAGCCACUGGAACCAGACACCUUUGACUACCACAGUAUGGUUCCAUUAGUUGUGUGUGGUACCCAGAAGUCUCCUAUGGUCAUCACCAGCAGGUCUCCAAUCAUUGAGGGGUCCCAUGUUGAAGUGAAGCAGUUAACAAUGGAUGCUGAACACUACCUCUGUGUCACAAUUCAGACUUACGCCCCCUGGGCCAAGCGCUACAUCUCCUUCACAGACUAUGACAUGCAGAUUCUGGACGUUUGUUGUGAUUCCUGUAGCGUUGUUGUCAUGGUGAUAGCUCUUAUCAGGGCGUGGCCUGAACCUAAGAUGCCUCGGGAUGUCUUUGAGUUUGAUGACGACCCUACACACGAGAUGCCAAAACUUUACGAGACGGGUUUCAAAUUCUCCUGGAAUCUGAAAACAGGUCAAUACCAGACUAUCGAGGUUGGUGAACUCAAAGAAUUCAACCAGGCUGAACUUUGCAAAACUUGGAAUCCCGGUCGUGUGUUAUGUCAGAAACUUCAGCGUGACUGGGCGGUUCCACAAGGCCAUACAAGAGGUGUUCAUGUACUCACUAAUGAAGCAGUGUUUAAGAAUAAAUCCCUAAGGAAGUUAUUGGAUCCAGUGCACUAUGUAGCUAUUGUGCUGACGUGAUAAUCGAUGCCAAGUAUAACUGACUUCCCCACCACUCUGCCGUUAAUCAUCCGUGAUCUUGUAUCAUCAAGAAGAGGUAUUUACCCAAUUCACUUGGUAUAAUAAUCUUGGUUGCACCAUUUUGAGAGUCAAUUUCCCUGUGUGUUAUAGACCUUUCUAUCACUAAGUCACA